UUCCGCUGGAUACUUUCAAAAUAAGACUUUAAAAUUGGCAGUAUGAAUAUGGGAAAUACUCAAAAAUGAAAACUAAGACGACACCGUUUAUAGUUUAGUUUCGCUUCAACUGCUUUUUUAAAAAGCCUCACUGCUCAUAAGCUAACACGUUCACCACCAGCACAAACCAGAGGCAGACUAGAACUCCACUUCCCAGCAUUCUUUUCGGAAAACAACAUGGUUGCGCGCAGCAUCAGGUGCUGAAGACCGUGUGUUUUAAUGUAGUUACUGUUCGCAGCAAUGCCUACUUUGUUCGUAUUUAUCGCGCUUUUGGCCUCCCGCGCGUCUGCCUCGGAGCCGGAAGCCUCCCGGGAUGCCCGCGGUCCCGCUGAGAGCUACCUGCGGUGGUUAUGGCACAGCAGGCUGUACCUGUAUUCAGCUGCCGCGCUUGUUUUUGGACUCUGGUUCUUAAUGAAAAGGAAACGCGUCUCUAAAGACGAGGGGGCCGACAAAGCUGCGGAGAAGAACGACAGAGAGACCGAGGAGGAGGUCCACGUGUCUGGAGUCAAAAUCUUCUACGGGUCACAAACUGGAACAGCAAAGGGCUUUGCGAACGAGCUAUCAGAGGAGGUGCGGGCUCUGGGUUUACCUGCCGAGGUGACUGACAUGAAGGACUACGAUCCAGAUGAUCAGCUUGCUGAUGAGUGCAUCAGUAAGUCAGUGUGCGUGUUUCUUGUGGCAACUUACACUGAUGGACAGCCCACAGAAAACGCUGAGUGGUUCUGCAAGUGGCUCGAAGAGGCGUCCACUGACUUCAGAUACGGGAAGACCUACCUGAAAGGCCUCAGAUAUGCAGUGUUUGGCCUUGGAAACUCCGUCUACGCUGGCCACUACAACACGGUGGGCAAAAAUGUGGACAAGUGGCUGUGGAUGCUGAGCGGCAGGCGAAUCAUGACCAGAGGAGAGGGCGACUGUAACGUGGUGAAGAGCCGUAACGGCAGCAUCCAGGCCGACUUCCUGGCCUGGAAGGUGAAGUUCCUGAACCGGUUAAAGGCUCUGGCCAAGGGAGAGAAGAAGAGCUGCAGCGGGAACUGUAAACUUGAGGGCUCCUGUAAGAACAAGGAGACGAAGGCCUCGCCGCAGAAUCACAGCUCUGAGGAUGAUCUAAUCGAGUCCAGCAGUGAUGAAGAUGAAGCCGGCCUGCCGGACGAGAAGAAAUCGGUGCUCGACGUGGAAGAUCUGGGCAACAUUAUGAACAGCGUUAAGAAAGCAAAGAGCAAAGAUGAGGGUCAAAGAGACGGCCGGAUGGUGAAGCUCUCCAAAUUAAACGGAGUGCAGAAGAUUGAAGAUGAAGGGGAAGGAAGAGAGAUGAUCACCCCUGCCCUAAGAGAAGCACUCACAAAGCAAGGAUAUAAACUGAUUGGAAGUCACUCAGGAGUGAAGCUCUGUCGGUGGACUAAGUCUAUGUUACGGGGAAGAGGAGGGUGUUACAAGCACACUUUCUAUGGUAUUGAGUCCCACCGGUGCAUGGAGACCACCCCCAGCCUCGCAUGUGCUAACAAGUGCGUCUUCUGCUGGAGGCAUCACACCAACCCUGUGGGCACCGAGUGGCGCUGGAAACUGGACCCUGCUGAGAAAAUCCUGCAGGAUGCCCUGGAAAAGCACCAGAACAUGAUUCGACAGUUCAGAGGUGUCCCUGGAGUAAAGCCUGACCGCUAUGAGGAGGGCCUAGCGGUCAAGCACUGCGCCCUCUCCUUGGUGGGCGAGCCAAUCAUGUACCCUGAAAUCAACACCUUCAUUCGCCUCCUCCACCGCCAUCACAUCUCCAGUUUCUUGGUCACCAAUGCACAGUUCCCCCAGGAGAUCAGGAGUUUGGUGCCAGUUACUCAGCUGUAUGUUAGUGUGGAUGCCAGCACCAAAGACAGCCUAAAGAAGAUUGACCGGCCACUUUUCAAGGAUUUCUGGCCGCGCUUCCUGGAUAGCCUCAGGGCCCUGGGAGAAAAGAGACAGAGGACGGUGUACAGACUGACACUAGUCAAGGCCUGGAACGUGGAAGAGAUGCAGGCGUACUCGGAGCUCAUCGCUUUGGGCCAGCCAGACUUCAUUGAGGUCAAGGGUGUGACAUACUGCGGGGAGAGCUCUGCCAGCAGUCUGACCAUGGCAAACGUUCCCUGGCACCAGGAAGUGGUCGCCUUCGUUCAGCAGCUGGCUGACAUGUUGCCCGAGUAUGAGAUUGCCUGCGAGCACGAGCACUCAAACUGUUUGCUCAUUGCACACACCAAGUUCAAGGUGGACGGCGAGUGGUGGACGUGGAUCGACUAUGAACGUUUUCAGGAACUCGUCCAGGCUUACGAUGAGAGCGGAGGACAGCAGAGCUUCUCUGCUUUGGACUACAUGGCCAAGACUCCCAGCUGGGCGCUGUUCGGAGCCCAAGAGCAAGGUUUUGACCCUGCUGAGACACGUUUCCAACGACGCAACAAAAGCAAAGACAUCACAGGAUGUUGAUUGAUGAGAGGGAAAAACAGAGAGAUACCUGAGAAUUUAGGCUUUGUUGUUUUUAAUGCUAUCCUCCUGGAGCUUCACUGGUGGGUGGGUGUGUGUGUCCACAGCUGACGCCCUCCUCAUGUGGACUUUCUACCUUGUUUAAUUUCUCUGAUAUUUGAUUUAUUUAGGCAUCAGCCAAAGACCAGAAGAAAUUCCCUCACUCUUAUUUUCUGGAAGUUUCCCUCCAUAUUGAUAUAGUUGCUUCUUUUACUUAAUACAUGUGCCUGCAUCUUUAAUUCACCCACUUUUUGAAUGCAUCGUUAUAAAUGUCAUUGAUCCCUUUAAGAAUGCAGUGGCAAUAUUUUCCAUUGUUGCAGCCACUGCUAGGUUCAGCUUUAUCUCCAGCUUCAUUUCUAAUGCUUGUAAAUCCAGAUUCUAAUGCUGCAACUGCACAACACAGGACAAGCCUGGCAUGUGAGGAAUAUUGUGCCUAUAUUUCUCCUCAUGUUGUCCUUGGGAGCUCCACAUCUUUCCCAGGCACCUUUGCUCCUCCUCCUACUCAUUCGGACUCUGGUUGUUUUUUCUUAGAAGUGAAAGACUCGAGCAGUGAGAGCGGAGCGUCGAGGCUGCCUUUUUGCAGCACAGGCUUCUUAAUGCUUUUUUCUUGCAAUGUUAUGUCCGUAUGUUGUACUGUCUCUCCUCUCUGUCAGCUUUGCCUGGUUUCAGUUCUCCAUAACUGGAUGGAAGAAAAUGUAGCUUGGGUCUAUCUUUCAGACAGGUAUGAUGUGAAUUACUAAAGGCAAUAUUUAAAAAAUAA